AUGAAACUUCUACUGGUUCUGACAUCGGCAGUAUUCUUCGCCCAUGUGGCAGUGGCACAAAAUUCUGAUAAUUCAACAGAUGCAAGCAAUGCUGAUAAUUCUACAGAUGCAAGCAAUGCUGAUAAUUCUACAAUUGCAACCAAAGAUGACUUUAAUGUUGAAUAUGAAGAUAACUCUGUGGAUGGCAAUACGAAUAACUCUGAAGACGUUGGAAACUAUGAUGAAGAUGCUGGCGACGAUAGUAACAACGACUAUAGCUAUUGGGAUUACUCCUACGGUGAUGAGGAACUAUCCACUCCUGCUCGAAAAAAUAAAAAAAAUAAUGCCAAAAAAAAGGGAAAUGGUAAAAAUAACAGGAAGAACAAGAAAAAUAAGACACCGAGACGUCGUAACACUCCAAGUGCCAAGAGAAACAAAAAACAGGCAGCUAAGAAGGGGACACCUAUUGCCGCUAAAAAGCAAAAAAAUAACUUAGGCAACAAACGCAGACGUUCUGGAUAAAUCCAGCUAAAUUAGCCAAAUUCAAAUACUAUAACAAAUUAAUUGCUAUGUUAAAGCGAACUUAAAAAGUAAAAAUCAAUUUAUUUAAUUUA